AUGAAGGAGAACGUUGUCCUCCCAUCUGAAGGAGCCCACGGUGAACGCGAUGGUACCGCGACGGCGACCUGCUACUGUGGAGCCGUGCAAAUCAAAGUCCCGACCGAAGGCGAGGGACUGGUCGACACUUUCAUCUGCCACUGCACCGACUGCCGCAAGAUCACCGCUAGCAUGUUUGCAUCCAACUUUGUAGUCAAAGACUCGCACCUCAAGCACGUCCGCGGCGAAGACAAGCUGACCCGCUUUCGCCAAAAAGAUACCAUUGCCACAGGCAAUUACAUGGAGAACAGUUUCUGCAGCGUGUGUGGCACGCUAUUGUACCGCCGCAGCUCUGGCUACCCUGGCAUGAGCAUUCCGCGUAUUGGCACGAUCGACGACUUUGCACUGCAGGAGACCAAGUUCAAGCCCAGGAUCGAGACGUUCGAGAAGGAUAGGUGUGCGUGGUUGAAGCCAGCGAGCGUGGACGAACACGUUGAUGGAGCGUUUUAUACCGGUGGAAAGGAGUGGAAGAGUAUCCAUGAUGGUGUUGGUGGCAAGGGGAAUUAG